CCAUUUGGGUUUCCUUUUCUGUCAGUUGCCCUUUGCCCAUUUUAAAAAUUGCUUUGUUUGACUUUUCCUAUUGAUUUGUAGCAGUUCCUUAUACAUUCUGAAUACUAUUCCCUGGUUACCUGCUGCAGGUAUCUUCCAGUCUCUGCCUGUCUUUUUUUUUGUAAAUUGUGCCUUUGGUGUAAAAAGGGUUUUGUUUUAAUGUAGCCAGAUCUAUCAGUCUUUUCUUUUGUGGUUUGUGGGGGUAGUUUUGGUUUUUGUCUUGUUUAAGAAAUCCUUCUUUAACCUGAAGUCAUAAUAUGCACGCCUAUAUUUUCUUCGGAAAGUUCUAAAGCCUCACUUUUUACAUUUAGGCUUUAAACCAUCUUGAGUUUAUCUUUGUGUACUACUACAUGAGGUGUCUUUUUUCCAUGUGGAUAACGAGCUGAGCCAUCAGCACUUAUUGUAGUCCAUUCUUUUCCCACUGCCAUUAGAAGUUUACCUCACUGCCCACAUCCAGGCCUUCAGGGAAGUCCUAGUUCUCUUUUCCAUCUCAGCAUUGCCAUCCAGUCCUCUCUGGCUGUUUUCACGGUUGCCCUGAUCCAGAUGUUGGUUUCUUCAAGCUGCCUUUCUACAUCUGCCUCCAUAUGUCCACGUGCCUCCAUUCUGAAGCAUCCAGACUUGCCUUCCUGAAGUAGCAGGUUCUAGGAGUGAUUUCCUGGUGCCUCUCAGGACCAUGGGUCUUGCCCAGGAGCGCUCUGAGAGUCGUUAGAGAGCUGCUCUUGCUCCUGGGGCCAUGGGUCAUGUUUAGAGGCCACAGGGACACCCUGGAAAAGACUAGAGGCAAGUUCAAAUGAAGUUUGGGCUCCUGGCUCACAUUGGUAAAUUUGGGGUCACAGUUUGUGGUGCUCACGGUGGAGGAUGGUUGCUGACCUUUCCCUCAAGGGUUGGUGAUGAUGGAAGAGCUCACAGGUCCCUCUCAUGUGGCUCUCACGUGGAGAGACCAGAGGCACCAGGAGGCGGUUGUUGGAGUAGGAUAAACAGUAUCCCCAGGACUGAUCACAGAGGACGGCUUGGAGGGGCUCAGCGGGCAGGUCCACGAGAUCCAGUCUCACAUGGGACGCCUGGAGACGGCCGACAAGCAGUCUCUGCACUUAGAAAACGAAAUCCAAGCAAGCAUAGACCAGGUAUUCAGCCAUCUAGAGCGUCUGGAGAUCUUGUCCAGCAAGGAGCCUCCUAACAAAAGACAGAAUGCCAAACUUCGUGUCGACCAGUUAAAGUAUGAUGUCCAGCACCUGCAGACUGCUCUCCGAAACUUCCAGCAUCAGCGAUACGCAAAGGAGCAGCAGGAAAGACAGCGAGAAGAGCUUCUGUCCCGCACCUUCACCACUAAUGACUCUGACACCACCAUACCAAUGGAUGAAUCACUGCAGUUCAACUCCUCCCUCCAGAAAAUUCACCACGGCAUGGAUGACCUCAUUGGAGGCGGACACAGUAUUCUGGAGGGACUGAGGGCCCAGAGACUGACCAUGAAGGGGACCCAGAAGAAGAUCCUCGACAUCGCCAAUAUGCUCGGCUUGUCCAACACAGUGAUGCGGCUCAUCGAGAAGCGAGCUUUCCAGGACAAGUACUUCAUGAUCGGUGGGAUGCUGCUCACCUGUGUGGUCAUGUUCCUUGUGGUGCAGUACCUGACCUGAGCCAGCCAGGCCCCGUGGCUGAACAACGGUCCCACGGCGUGAGAGUGUGUGUGUGUGUGAGUGUGCAAAGAGAGGGAGGCCCGGAGGCUGCCUUCUGAAAUGUGUGCCCAUCUUAACUGUGAAGACCACUCAGAAGUAAUUGUGACCUGCAACCUGGUGGGAGUUUCAAACCUCUGUUUUUUGUGACAUCUUGGAGGGGAAACUCAUGCUACCAAGAUGUGGUGCUUAGGAAAUGAACGAAGUGUCUGUUCUCUCUCAUGCUCACUGUCACUCUCACUGGGGGAGGAAGUGAUGCAAGGGUAAGGGAGGACCAGGGAGAGGGGAGGAAGAGAAUGGCCUUGGUGGUUUUUGUCCUCAUAGCUGAUGUGCACCCAGGAAGGCUUUCACGGUGAGCUUGCAGACAGGACUGUCCACUCUUUGCCAUCCACUGGCCUUUCUGGCUCCUAGUAGAUAGUCUAGAGCAGAAGCAAAGAGAGGAGGGGAAAGAGGCCUUCUUUUCCUGCACCCACUACAGUAGGUGGGUUCACAUGCUCUUGCUACUAGCCACCUUCCCCCACACCCCUCCAAAAAAUAAUGACAUGCCAAUGACUGACUGCUAAUACUCGUCGUCCUUCCCCGGAAGCAGCUACCUAGAGGAAACAGAGGCAUUGGCACUGUUGCUGAUAGCAAGAUUUUCCACAUCACGGAUGUUGGGUGUUUCUCCUUUCUAAAGUAAGGCCACUGUUAACUCCCUGGGAAUGGUCAGUCUUGAAACUGAAGACCCUAGUCACCGAUAUUUUUCCCAGUAGUUAAUGGUUGGCUUUUAAGACUGCAGCCUGGCACCCGUGCCCAGGCUUUGGUGGGUGUUUGCCCCUUAUCAGGUAGCUGUGAGCAAAGGUUAGUGAUUUGUCUUUUACAGUCUCAUCUCUAGUUUUAGUGUCUCUAAUUAAUAAUUGGCUCUCUUCCCUUCCUUGAAAUAUAUUAGCAACUGCCAGCCAAGCCUCCAUUCUGCCCAGCCAGUGUGGGCACAUGCCUCCCUGGAGACGUCUCUGGUGUGUAUGUCCUUGUAAGACUCUGUUUUCAGGGACCAGGACCUUUUUCCUUCUCGGACCAACUCUAGAUUAAGGCUGUACCGGUACCCGGCGUAUUGUGGAAUUUAUUGUAAAGCCAGUCUGUUCAAGGAGACUAAUCACUGAAAGUACCAGAAAGACCUGGUUAGCCUAUUUUUUCAUCUGUCACAGGCCCUACCAGCCCUAGGCUCAGUAUGGCAAGACAUAAAUAACACUCACAGUUUCCCAGAGGAACUGUAAACCUGGUCAGUAUUAACCCCACCUUUGACUGUCUUGCCCUACCUACUUCCCGUCUUUGUUUCUUGUCAUUUGGAC